AAGCCUUUCAAUUUUGAAUUACUUUCUAUUCAUUUUACCUUCAAAUACCUCCCUUAACUACUUCAUUUCUUUGAGUUUUAGAAUGAAAGAAUCAGUUAUGAAUCACGGCGAUGUUAAUGCCAUCAUCCCAACCAAAAAACGUUCUCCCAUGAAUGGACAGGAGGAUGAACCCACAGUGAUGAAGAAUAAGAAACAAAUGAAAUGGAACGAUCCAAUGGCUUCUUUAGCUGAUGCCCGGCACGAGUUCAGCGAGCACGGCGGCGUUAACAUGUCAAUUGAGGCCUCGGCCACCUUCACCGUCAUGGAACCCGAAACCAUGCGCCGUAUGUUCACCGGCGAGUUGGGACCGGAGCGUGACUUCUUCAUCUACAGCCGCCAUUUUAACCCCACCGUCCUCGGUCUCAGCCGCCAGAUUGCCGCCCUCGAAGCCACCGAGGCCGCUUACUGCACCUCCUCCGGCAUGGCUGCAAUCUCCUCGGUCAUACUCCAGCUUUGUAACUCCGGCGGACACUUGGUUGCUUCCAGGACACUCUACGGUGGGACCUACGCGCUCUUUGCUCAUUUCCUGCCUAGGAUCUCCGGCAUUACUACUUCCUUCGUGGAUGUUAAGGAUCUCCGAGCGGUCGAGGAGGCGAUCGUGGAAGGAAAAACGAGCGUGUUGUAUUUUGAAUCGGUUUCUAACCCGACUCUUACGGUGGCCGACGUGCCAGAGCUUUGCCGAAUCGGACAUGCGAAGGGAGUGACCGUGGUGGUGGACAACACGUUUGCUCCGAUGGUUUUGUCACCGGCAAAAUUAGGCGCCGACGUUGUGGUCCACAGUGUAUCCAAGUAUAUCAGUGGCGGAGCCGAUAUCAUUGCCGGUGCUGUUUGUGGUCCAGCUAGAUUGUUGAAUUCCAUGAUGGACCUUCAUCAAGGUUCUUUUAUGCUAUUAGGUCCUACUAUGAACCCUAAAGUAGCUUUUGAACUCUCACAAAGGCUACCUCACUUGGGAAUCAGGAUGAAAGAACACUGUAACCGCGCCUUCGCAUACGCAAUGAGGUUGAAAAAACUCGGCCUCCAGGUGAUUUACCCCGGUCUAGAAGAUCAUCCCGAUCAUGCUCUCAUGAAGUCGUUGGGCAACAAAGAGUACGGUUUUGGUGGCAUGUUUUGUGUGGACAUGGAAACUGAAGAAAAAGCCAACCACUUCAUGAAUCUUUUGCAGAAUUACACUCAAUUCGGGUUGAUGGCGGUUAGUUUAGGUUUCCAUGAAACCCUAAUGUCUUGCUCGGGCAGUAGCACAAGCAGUGAAUUGAAUGAUAAAGAGAAAGCAUUGGCUGGGAUUUCACCUGGAUUGAUUCGGAUGUCAAUUGGAUUUAGUGGAACUACAGAGCAGAGAUUGAACCAACUGGAGAUGACUCUAUCAAGAAUGCAAGAAGGUGGCUUGUUGAAUAAGUAUUAGUUUCAUAUGGUAUUUCUAGUCUUGGGUUUUACCACUUCUCUAAAUAAAAUUGUAUUUAUGAAAUUUCUUAUGUUAUUUCUCGUGGCAGUUUGGUUUAACAAUUGUUAACCAUAAGCAGCUUGUAACGGCUACUAUGUCACUGAUGUAUUAUGGAGUCAAUAUGCUUUAAGCUGGAGUUGGAUCACUAGUUGUGGCUUCUAUUUCACCUACAAAUUAUGG